GUUGCACUAAUUUUUAAACUUUCAUGAUCAACAUUUUUUAUUGUUAUUGAUGAAUUAUAAUUUCGACCAUGUAGUAAAAUUGAACCGAUAUCAAUUAAUGCAUGUGGAGUUGGAGGCGAUGCUGCCUUAUUAGAGAAUAUGGCGAAAGUAACAGGUGGUAAAAUGCAUUAUGCUUUAGAUGGUAAUCAAUUGGGUUUAGCCUUUGCAUCAAUUGUUGCUGACUGUACCAUAACAGGAACACUGGUACAGCGUUUUGCUGAAAUAUUGAGUAAAGAAAUUAGUGUGAAAAUCAUAGUAGAUUAUUUAUAA